UCUCUCUCGGUCUCUCUCUCUCCCAUUUCUCAAUAACGCUCUGAGGAAGAAGAUUGUUGAACAGACCCCAAUAAUCGGCGUUGUUUGCGCUUGUGUGCGCUGAAAUCAAAAUCAAGCCAGCUCGGUUUCGGUGCUGGAUCAGUUCCUGAUCUUGGGUGACUUUCGGUUUCUAGGGUUUCCUGAAAGAUCAAUUUUGAAUUUAUUGGGGGAAUUCUAGAGCGGAGAGAUAUGAGCUUUGAAGAUCUCGAAUCUGGUCGGCCAUUGGCUUCAAGACGAGGGCACAUCAAUGGAAAGCAAGACCCCACGCAAGCUGUUGCCUCAGGUGUGUUUCAGAUCAACACCGCCGUUUCGACGUUCCAACGCCUCGUUAACACCCUCGGAACACCCAAAGACACACCCGAGCUCCGGGAGAAGCUGCACAAGACAAGGCUACAUAUUGGACAGUUGGUGAAGGAUACUUCUGCUAAACUUAAACAAGCUAGUGAAAUAGAUCAGCAUGGUGAAGUUAGUGCUAGCAAGAAGGUAGCUGAUGCUAAGCUUGCAAAAGAUUUCCAGGCUGUUCUAAAAGAAUUUCAGAAGGCGCAAAGGCUUGCAGCUGAGAGGGAAACAGCAUAUGCCCCAUUUGUUCCCCAAGCAGUUCUUCCAUCCAGCUAUACUGAAAGUGAGAUAGAUGUAAGUUCGGAUAAGAAUCCAGAACAGCGUGCUCUUCUUGCAGAAACUAGAAGACAGGAGGUGUUACUACUGGACAAUGAGAUUGUCUUCAAUGAAGCCAUCAUCGAGGAAAGAGAGCAAGGGAUAAAAGAAGUCCAGCAGCAAAUUGGUGAGGUGAACGAAAUUUUUAAAGAUCUAGCCGUGCUGGUUCAUGAUCAAGGAGUUAUAAUUGAGGAAAUAGACAGCAACAUUGAGGGCUCCUAUGCUGCUACUGUACAGGCAAAAUCCCAACUUGCAAAAGCAUCCAAGACCCAAAAAUCAAAUUCAUCUCUGACCUGCUUGCUGUUGGUGAUAUUUGGGAUCGUUUUGCUCAUUGUAAUCGUAGUCCUUGCAGCUUAAGUUGCAAAUUUGCUCUCCAAGUUGACGGUAUUGUUUGUGCCACAUGGUCUGAUGUCUCUACUAAUUCCAUGAUGAUGAUGUUCUACUGGAGAUCCUGGCUGACAGGAUUUACUUGGUAUUUAAACUCGCUCUUUGGGUGUGUAUAACCUUCAAUUUAGUUGCCCUUGUUUGGGGCUUUGGGUUUUCAUCACUCUUUUCCCUUUUGAGUAAGUUGGUGUUUGAAGGGUUUUUUUUUUACAUGGCAGUAUAUUGUGUAAUGAUCCGUCUAUUAUCAAUAAAUUUGAAAUUCUUUUGCUCCGCUGU